AGCAGGAGGAGGAGGAGGAGGAGGAGGAAGGGGAAGGGACCGGUUCGGGAGAUCAGGUUCCUCCAUCUGAAGAGAAGAUCGCUGUUUCCGUCAAGAUGGGGUCCGUCGUCUGGGAGUACGGUUAAUCGGGGUGGCGCGGGCGCCAAGCGCAGCCUGGGGAGUGAUGUGAGCAGGGGAGAGUGGGUGAUGUCAUCUCCCUGGAUUGUGAAAGCUGAAACAAAUGCCUUUUGUCAGCCCGGGCCAACGGAGCCCCGUCGGUGCCCGGCGCGCUUCACCUGACGAAUGCCCCUGUGGCCCAGAGACGGAAGGAGGAGGCCCAGCCGGAGACACCGGGUGCCCGAGCGCCCGGCCCAGAGCGGCGGUUGAAUCCGGUCGGGCCGAGGGUCAGAGUCCAGACCCUGGAAGGAUGGCCGGGAGCUGGCUGCUGUUCUCUCUCUGGCCCUGGGUGCUCCUGGUGGCACAGGCAGGUGGACACAGCUUGUUUUCUUGUGAGCCCAUCACCCUGCGGAUGUGCCAGGACUUGCCCUACAAUUCGACCUUUAUGCCGAACCUCCUGAAUCAUUAUGACCAGCAGACGGCCGCGUUGGCGAUGGAGCCUUUCCACCCCAUGGUGAACUUGGAAUGUUCCCGGGACUUCCGCCCGUUCCUAUGUGCCCUGUACGCUCCCGUGUGCAUGGAGUAUGGGCGUGUGUCUCUGCCCUGCCGGAGGCUCUGCCAGCGGGCGUUCAGCGAGUGCGCCAAGCUCAUGGAGAUGUUUGGCGUGUCGUGGCCGGAAGACAUGGAAUGCAGCAGGUUUCCGGACUGUGACGAGCCGUACCCUCGGCCGGUGGACCUGAACGUGGCGGCGGAGCCCACGGCCGCGACGCCGGCGGCGGUGCAGCGUGACUAUGGGUUCUGGUGCCCUCGGGAGCUGAAGACGGAGCCGGCCCUGGGCUACUCCUUCCUGCGCGUGCGCGACUGCUCCCCGCCCUGCCCCAACAUGUACUUCCGGCGAGAGGAGCUGGCCUUCGCCCGCUACUUCAUCGGGCUGAUCUCCAUCGUCUGCCUGUCGGCCACCCUGUUCACCUUCCUGACGUUCCUGAUCGACGUCCGGCGGUUCCGCUACCCGGAGCGGCCCAUCAUCUUCUACGCCGUCUGUUACAUGAUGGUGUCGCUCAUCUUCUUCAUCGGGUUCCUGCUGGAGGACCGGGUGGCCUGCAACGCCGCCCGGCCGGCCCAGUACCGGGCCGCCACGGUGACCCAGGGCUCCCACAACAAGGCCUGCACCCUGCUCUUCAUGGUGCUCUACUUCUUCACCAUGGCUGGCAGCGUCUGGUGGGUCAUCCUCACCAUCACGUGGUUCCUGGCGGCCGUGCCCAAGUGGGGGAGCGAAGCCAUCGAGAAGAAGGCGCUGCUGUUCCACGCCAGCGCCUGGGGCAUCCCGGGGACGCUGACCAUCGUCCUCCUGGCCAUGAACAAGAUCGAGGGGGACAACAUCAGCGGCGUGUGCUUCGUGGGACUCUACGACGUGGACGCCCUGCGCUACUUCGUCCUGGCCCCGCUCUGCCUGGACGUGGCGGUCGGGGUGUCCCUCCUGCUCGCCGGCAUCAUCUCCCUCAACCGAGUGCGCAUCGAGAUCCCCUUGGAGAAAGAGAACCAGGACAAGCUGGUCAAGUUCAUGAUCCGCAUCGGCGUGUUCAGCGUGCUCUACCUCGUGCCGCUCCUGGUCGUCAUCGGCUGCUAUUUCUACGAGCAGGCCUAUCGGGGCAUGUGGGAAACCACGUGGGUCCGCGAGCGCUGCAGGGAUUACCAUAUUCCGUGCCCCUACCAGAUCACUCAAAUGAGUCGCCCGGACCUGAUCCUGUUUCUGAUGAAGUACCUCAUGGCUCUGAUCGUGGGCAUCCCCUCCGUUUUCUGGGUUGGGAGCAAGAAGACAUGCUUCGAGUGGGCCAGCUUUUUUCAUGGACGCAGGAAAAAGGAGGCCGUCAACGAGAGCCGGCAGGUGCUCCAGGAGCCGGACUUUGCGCAGUCGCUCCUGCGGGACCCCAACACCCCUAUCAUCCGCAAGUCCAGGGGCACCUCAACCCAGGGCACCUCCACGCACGCUUCUUCCACCCAGCUGGCCAUGGUGGACGAGCAGAGGAGCAAGGCCGGCAGCGUCCACAGCAAAAUGAGCAGCUACCACGGCAGCCUGCACAGGUCCCGUGAUGGCAGGUACACGCCGUGCAGCUACCGAGGAGCGGAGGAGCGCCUGGCCCACGGCAGCACGUCGCGGCUCACCGAUCUUUCCCGGCCAAGUAGUUCCCACAGGCUUAACGAACCCUCGCGGCCCGGCAGCUCCAGGGACCUCAGCGGCAACCCCCUGACUCACGUCACCCACGGGUCCAGCGUGAACCGGGUCAUUGAAGAGGAUGGUGCCAGCGCCUGACCGGCCCUGCCCGGGGAGAGGGGCCUCGAGCUCCUGGUUGUCAGGCAGUCCUGACUGCAUCCCCCACUGUGGGGAGGCCGGGGCCGGACGGUCAGUUGGGACCUCCCUGGCAAAGCUGCGCUCCUUCCGGUCGCUCCCUGCUGAACCCUCCGAGCUCGCCUUCUGUUCGAGGUGGGAUGGUGCCCGCCCAGCGCGGGCUUGGACUGGGCCCACUGGCUUUCCUGGAGUUUUGCCCGCAGUAGGCCCGCCUGCUCCCGGAAGCCUCGGGGCGGGCUGAGGGUGGGGCCUGGGCAGAGGGGCAAGGAGUCUCAGAAGGUUCUGUUGGGUCCAUCAAGGGGGACCGCUCUCCCCGAGAAGCCAGAGUCGGGGUGGGCAGUUGAAGAGAGGAAGGAAAGUUCUUGACCCCCCACCCCCACCACACCUGAUGGGUUCCCUUGUGCCACACCGUCUGUCCAGUGGCCGUUGCCUGUUUCCGGGAAGGUCAGUAACCGUCCCCUCACUGGCCACAGAGCCAGGGUCAUGGUCUGCUGGUCUGUGGCCCGUGCCUCCCCCGCUGUGCUGGAGUCGGAGGCAUGACGGCCUGGUAUGUGCGGAGAAGGAUGAGGGGAGCGGGCCCCUUGGGCCUCGGGCCCCGGGCCAUUUCACCGGCGGGCCAACCGCCAGGGGGUUGGGGCCUUGCCGGUGGCCACAUUGCCGGAGCUGUUGCCCGCAGCCACAACCCGACUCCCGCCUAGAGUUUUGGUCUUUUGGGUCAUUCUUGUUUUCAGUCCUGGGCAGUCGAGUGGGACUGGGGAGUCAGUGGGGAGAAUGUGUAGGAGCAAGUGCGGGGAGCUGGGUGGAGGUGGCCCGAGAAGCUCCAUGUAGGAGGGAGCCAGCAUGUGCGCGGGAGUUGUAGGAAACGGGUGGGAGCCAGGGGAACGCUGCUGCUCCGGCGCUGAGGUGCCCGGUCUCUGGACAUUUCUGGCGGCGUGGCUGCGGUUCUUCCCCCUGUCGAUGGAGUGCCCCCUCCCACCACCCCCUCGGCGGACCUCCACCCUGCCAUGUCAGGAGAGCAGUCUGGCAGGGAUGGACACAGGGACACCUUCAUUCCUUCAUGCCACCUUCCCUGGAUCCCAGCCCAUGGGAGGCCACGAGGCAGGGGGCCUGAGCCCUCCUAGGGUUCCCAGUAGGGCCCCUCCGGCUUCUGGCGUGUUGCCACUCAUGCGCCGCGGGCCCAACCGUGGCCUGGGAAAUCUGCCCAAGUGCCUCUGCCUGGAUUCCCACCAAGCCCGGGCUUCCCUGGCGGCUGUGGACUGGUGCUGCCCGCUGCCUGACUCCUCCAAAUCUACCCAGGACAGGGAUGGGACCCAGAGAACCCAGGAAAGUGGGAGCCUGGGGUGGAGGCAUGUUGUUCACUCCUGGGAAUUUAACCCUCUGGCACCAGGGUUGCUCCUCCGGUUACCCCUGAGGCUGGGAAAUGUGGAGGUGGAAGAGGAGGAGGAGGGAACAAUGCUAGAAGAAUCUGAAUUUGGCAUUUUUCCAGGGGCUUCCGGAGGUUUGCAACCUUUCUAUAGAACUACCUUCGGGCCUCGAUCUGACCAUUAGUACGUGGCCUGAAGCCCUCCCCCUGAAGAUGAGCACCACAAAUCUCCAGUUGGAGGAGGAGUUCUUUAACUCGGGAGGCCUGAACCGUUAACCCCUUCCAUCCCCCUCCCCCCCACAACCAGAAUUCCCCGAGAACAGGGACGCUCGUGGGCCUGCCUUCCCGAGGGAAGCUGGGAGCCGCUCCUGGAAUCAGGGUGGGUUUCAUGGGCGGAGAGACGGGCUUGUGUGGGGGCCGGGGAAUCGUGGAACGUGGGUGUGGGCGCCUCCUCGUCCUCUGGGGUCAGUUGACAUCUCGGCAACCAGGCCGGGGGGUAUCAAAAGCCAUCUCUGGUUCCCAGAGCGGCUCCGUCUGAGGCCCCCGCUCUUUAGCUGGGAAAGACCCGCCUCCUCGUGCACCUACCUCAUCCCUCGCUGGCAGGCCCAGCUGGACUCCAACUGGCUCAUUGCCCGCCCUCCAGCCCGCUGGACGGGUGCCCGCAGGCCAGGUCACGGCCUGGGCUCCGGGGGAGGGGGGUGGGCUGUGCCCUCGGAGAUGCCGUUGUGAAGCCCAGAGGACAUCACAGCUGGUGGCCCCAAGGCCUAGCCCUCACCCUGGUCCCUUUGCCUCCCUGAAACACCAGGCUUGGGGAGGGAUUCACCAGGCCCUGAAUGCAGGUUUGGGCAAUCCUGCAGGUCUGCCCAGUGCAGAAUGGCCCAGGGGCCACACGCCUCGGGAUUUUCCCGCUAGCCCCAUGCCAGACCGCAUCUCCCUACCACCACCACCACCACCACCAAGGACCAUCAUUAAGGCAAUGAUAUGGGGAGAUUUGUGAGCCAACACCGAGACCUGGGCAAGUGGUCAUUUGUGCGGACUUUGUCGCAUGCUUAGCGGGCCACAGAGAUCGUUUUUGAUGUUAGAGAGUUUCUUAUUAGUUUGGAAGGCUUUUUCAGAGGUGAUUCCUAGAAGGGCUUUUGUCAGGCAAAUUCUUACACUAUCAGGUCUUCUGCCAACUACAGAUGUAAAUAUCUAUUUUUAAAAUCUGUGUGAAGUAAGCAUUUCUCCUCUACUCCUUCCACCCGCCCCAUGGGGGAGAGCCAGCAUUUUGUUGGGACGUUGUCCUGUAAUGUCUUUGUACACUGGAACGAAGCAAGGGAAAACGUUAACGGUCUCCUUUUCUUACUACAUUUAUAGCAGCGGUCAGAUUUUAUGCUCUCCUUCUUUACCGCCUCUGGUCGGUUUGAGAAGAAAAGUGGUGGCAUCUCCUGGAGUCGUGUUCCUUUGUGAGUUCCCCAAAUCAUCCUGUGUGUGAGCUGCCCAAACAGAACUCCACACCCCUGUAUGUGAGUCCCGCCCAUCCUUCGCCCCCCAAUUGUUGGGUGUUUUCAUCCUAUCUUUUACCAUCCAGGGGACCUUGGGUUCUGGACAUGGAGGAAGGGGCAGGUUUCCAGGAACUCUUUCCUCUGGUCGCCAUUCCCUCCUGCAAGUUCUCUCCUCCCUUUACGGUCCUGCCUUGUCCCUAGUGUAAUUCUAGCUCCACCCUGUUUGGCAAGAAGGCCCCUGAGGGGGAAGGAGCCAACCAGAGCACCUCUGGGCCUCAUUUUCCUGCCUUCAGAACCCAAGCAUCCUGACCCCAAGGGAGUUUAUAGACUUCACCCCUGCUGAAGGCAAGAAAAUUCCUUCCCAGUACUGUGGGAUAGGGGCCAGGGGGUGCAUCCUUGGACUGGGGCUGCUGGUCACCAGAGACAGGGGGGCUUGGGACCACCGCUCCACAUCCCCAUUGCAAGGCUUCUCAUCCUGGAGCUGAGUUCCAGCCCAUUCCAUCUUUACCACCUGCCCCCUGGACCUUGUUUUGACUUACCUCCUUCCCCAGGACCCCAGCCCCCACGCCUUUCCUCCCUGCCCCCAGCAGGCUGGCUGGGCCUGCCCGUUCCAGGGGUGGGUUGGGGGUCCCUCUGCUUCUGGCCCAUUUCCCCUCUCCCUUUCUCCUUUUCGCCUGUUCGUGCCAGCCAGAACUUCUGCAGAUCCUCAGAGGAGCCCUUGGAUUGCCAGGAACAUCCUGGGGGAGGGCUAAUGGUGCCCCGGUGGAGCCAGGAACUUGGGCGACCUCCCUGCCCCCCAACUGCCAACUUGGUGUUAUCAGUCCAUCCUCGCCAACAUUCCUGUAAUGCAGGGGCUUCCUCUGUCAGUGCGUUGUCUGUCUUUGCCUGCCCCUUCCAGUCAUAGGGGGCUGCUUCAGCUCUCACCCCCCCUGCCCCAUUUCCCGAACUUGGGCCCUCUGCCAGGAAAGGAAGGGGAGGAAACCAGGCUCAAUCCUCUGCAGGCCCUUCAGGACCCUGCUAGCAUCUGAAUCUCCGCCUGCUUUUCUGAGCCUGACCACCCCACGAACAUCGCUUCUAAAAUCGGCACAAAGACAGCCAGGGCGGUCCCAAGCUCGCAGCUGCGCUCUGGGGGUCCCAGGCCUCCAUUUGAGAGGCAGGGCUUGGGCCGAGGUGGUGACCCCCAUGAGGGGUGAGCGGGGCUGUUGGUGGUCCUGGAGUGGCCUCAGAGUUAUUUGGCUGGGUUAGUCGGACCCCUGCCCUCCUGGAUUGCUUUUGUUUACAGUUGGCUCUGGUCCUUUUCCGGAAGUUUGGUCUCGAGCGCUUUCACUGUGUGUGAAGACCGGUUCCAAUGGAGUGCGUGGACAUUUUGAUUAGAGACCAUUUAAAACGUUUAAUAAAGUGGAAUAGUUUGUUCUCCC